AUGUCAAACGUAUUGCAGGAAGGCCACCGACCUGAUGGUCAGAGUUCUUCACAAAGAGCGUUGAAGAAAGAUAUGAUGCUCGACGAGUCCCUAGAGCGAUCAGAACCCACUGGACUACUCUUUUACGCGACGGGGAAAGGUGGAAGAUUUACUGGCGCACGCUCGAGUCACUCGACGAUCAACGGGUCAAUAGGUGAUGUAGAAUUCUAUGGAUCACUUGGUGGCUAUGCGUGUUCACAACCAGUGCUCUAUUACCAGUGCCAUUGCCCAACAUUUUGCAGGAUGACAGCGAAUCCUAACAGUGCUUUGCACUUUAUUGAGCUUGCCAAUGGGAAUAUUGAACUCACUGUCAGCUCAGAAAAUGCUGCCAUCCCGGUGAACAGAGCUAAGUUCUCUAGUAGCUAUUACGCUAAUGAAUACGGCGGCUAUGGUUACCAACGAGGAUCACGAUGGCGACCACACAAGCGGCACCGCAAGAAGAAGUUUCGCUUCGAAACGAUCGAGGAGGAGGAAACAACUGAGUUGCCAGAGCUCCAUUUGACAACACAACCGCCAAGAAGUUCAACAGUUUCGUGGGAAGACGAGGAAGAGUGGGAACGAAAAUUCGUAACCUCAAAAUCAAGACCUAGUCCGACCUCUGAAGAAUUUCCAGAAAUAGAGAGCGCUGAGAUUACUGGCGCGAAAUCUCGCAUAAGAGAUCGGGAAAAGGUGGUGCAGCAGCCAAGUUCUUUCGGAGAAGGGCCAGAGAAUCAAGGUACCGGCGGCGUCGGAGUAGGAAGCGGGAUUGGUGUUGGGGGGAUUGGUGUGAGUUCAGGGCUCAACGUUGGCGCUCCUGGCAUUGGAGGUCUAGGCAAUGGAGGCAUCUUCGGCAUCUCGUCUGGCCUCGGCGUCGGAGUGCCUGGUGUGGGUCCAAUCGGCGUCUCCAGCGGCAUUGGUGUAGGCCGAUAG